CUGAUAAUAAUGUCAGUCAAAGAUAUUGGAUGCAGUUGAUUGAUAGUCUGAAGUGGAGAUUCUUUAGGUAUAGGAGUUAUGCUAGCAACUUUCCAUGUCAGUGGGACUGAUUGAGCUUCAAUAGAUAGGUUGAAUAAGUGAGUAAUAACUGGAGCCAGUUCUAGUAAAAUUCUUUCCAGAACCAGUACUGAAUACAAUCUGGACCUGAGGCUGUUUUUUAACACUUGAUAGGAACUUGAAUGUGGUAGAUUCAUCAACAGGCAUUCUUGUAUGUUCCGUAAUUUCCAAUAAAAUAGGAGUUUUAUAUUUAGUAUCUGUGUUAAUUCCUUGAAAAAAAGUAUUUAUAUCUUCCAGACAGAAGAUUGAACUAAGUGGGACAUAUCCUUUGCCUCUCUACCAGUGGUAGUGUUUACUGUCUUCCRCCACUGCUUAUUAGUGGAUCCAUGCUUCUCAUUUUUGCUUUUGACGGAGUUGAUCUAAUCUGAUUUUCAAUUAUGAUUUCACUUAUCCUUGGCAGAGGUGAGUUUGCUUCAACAAUCMUACCUUUCUGGGAAAAACCUUUGUCUUUUCUUUGACAGAUACUUUACAAGAGGUGUAAUAAAUACAGGAUCAUUCGAUGACAUCUUAACCCUUUUCAUGGGGAAACAGAUUUCAAUCGCAGGGCAUACUACAGAAUAAAAAUGAGAAACUGCAUUGUCUAAGUCUCUUCCAAAUAGCUCACUCCUCCAGUCAAUUCCUUUCAGGAACUCAAUCAUUGCUAGUUUGCAGUGUGGUCGAGUAUCCCGAAAUUCAACCCAUUUUCUUGUGGCUUUGGUCUUUUUUUUGGGAUGAACCACCACACACUUGUGAUCAGUGUUAAUCRAUCAGGCUAUGCAUCUUACAGAUCCAAAGUCUAGUGGUGCAUUAGUUAGGAAAACUUCCAGAAUUAUGCUGCCACUAGUUGGUUUCUUGACGAGUUGAGAACCACCUCCAAUUCUUUCUUUUCUGUCUUUAGUUAUAACAUUAAAACCACGUGGAGAGACCAGGUUCUUGUCAAAACGGUCAUGUAGCCACGUCUCGGACAUAAAACAAAGAUCUAUUUGGUGACUGGAUAGAUCUCCUUGAAGAGCUUGAACAGCUCCAGGUUCAUUGUCUCCUUCGGUGUCAUUGCCUUCAGUUACUAUUAUUGGCUUUCUUUUCUGGCAGAAAGCCGAAAAGUUUGUUUCGUGUGCCUUUUACGAGGCCUUGAAAGUAAACUACUUCUAGAAAGAGGUAAACUGCUUCUAUCUAAGUUCUAAUUCCUAUAAAGUUCUUAUACAAGACACAAGUAUCCAGGUAUCCAGGACAAGCUUCGACGUAUAACAGCUGACAGUAAAUAAUGAAGGCUCAUGAUAUAGGGAACCGAUAAUUGGUCCCUUUUUCCGCACAUAUCAUGAUAAAGAACAUGAUAUGGACCACUUUUAUACCUCUCUGUCACGGAGGAGGAGAUGAGGUCGCAAAAGUGAACAGCGGGUUUCCAGCGGUCUACUAGCGUAUGCGCUGCGCGGGUAAAAGACACGUACCCAAGAUGGCGGUUGUUUACUGUCGAUGUUCAGAAACAAUCCAUAUGGGUUUCUAAUCUUUUGUUAGGUGAAACAUGAAAAAUUCCUACAGUUCUCGAAUUAUUAGAAGCAAGAAAUAACGUAACAGCAUCGUUUGGUUAAGGUGCAAAGCAGAAAUAAAAAGAUGUCAUGGUUUACAGACUUGGCUGGGAAAGCAGAGUCUCUUCUUGAGAAGGUUGAUAACACAGCAGCAAAUGUAUUACAAGUGGAUGAGAAAAUUGACCAAUCUGAUUCUCAAAUAGAGAAUUCUAAUCAGCCUGAUAGUGAUGUUGGAAUUCAUCCCACUGAGUAUGGAGCGUCUCGAAUCUCAAGAACUACAAGUGAAGGAAGCCUCCUUCAUCUUGGUCCAUCGGCACCUCUGAAAAGCAGACUACAGUCUUCAAUUCCUCGCCAGCAGCCCAAACCACUGAAAAAAGAAGAAAAAAAUGAUGAUCAAUUGUUCAGGUUCCUAAAUAGCAAUGUUUCAUCAUCAAAAGAGAAGAAGUCAGGCAAACAAAGUCCAGUGCUGACUAGGAAAACAUCAGAACCUGAAGUUUCUGUCAAAGUUGAUAGUAAAAAGUCUGAAGAUUCGUUGGUGCCAUCAAAAGACGGAAUAGAUCUUACUGAAACAUCCAACCUUACCAGUGAUAUUGAGGGAGUAGAAGAACCUCCAGUGCAAUCAAUUGACCACAAGUCUGCUAGUCCGUUGGCACCAGCCGUACAGCAAACUGCAGAUAAUAACAGAGCAUCAAACAUGGAACUGGAAAACAAAUUAUUACGAAAAGAGAUAAAAUCACUUAAUGAAGAAAUGGUAUCUCAAGUUCAGAGAGUAAAAGAAUCAGAAAAAAGAUUACAAUGUGUGGAACAACAGCUAGCCAAAUCAGAAGAGCAAUUGAUGGCUACGGAAUCCAUUGUACGUCAGUUACGCGUUGCAGAAGAAGAUUUCAAUCAGGCUUUAGCAGCUAAGGAUUCUCAAUUAGCAGUACUUAGAGUAAGGAUUCWGCAAGUUGACCAGGAACUACAAGAAAAGAAAAGUCAAAUCGAAAAUUUUAAAGUCGAAAGAGAACAGUUACUGCAAGACCAUACCGAUUCAUCUGGAGUCCACAACCACGCUUUGGAAGUUGUUCAGGCUAAACUAGAAGAAUGUGAAAGAACAUUAAAAAUGGAAAAGGAAACAAGACAUAAUGUUCAGCAAGAAGCAUUAGAAAGACAAAGCAGACUUGAAGAAGAACAACAUGCAAUGGCCGAGUCAAUGAGAAGUCUUCAGAAGAAAGUCAGUGACGAAAGAUCUAAAGCUAAUGAUCAAGCGGCGGCGUUAAAAAUUGCUAAAGCCAAUCUCGAAGCUGCCAGACAAGAGAUGAAAGAUUACAAAGAAAAAGCAGGCAGAAUACUUCAGGCAAAAGAUAAAGUUAUUAGCACUCUUCGAGAGGGUCGUGAGGGUGAUGAUUUGGGUGGAGGAGGAAUCACCAGUGUUGAAUAUGACGAAGUUUGUCAGGAAAGAGACGCCUUUAGAGAAGAACUCAGUCAAUCUCGAUUCAGGAUAGAAGAGCUAAAGGCUGAACUUCAGGACAUGGAGCAUCAUCAUCAGACGGACGCUGAUAUUGUACAAGAAAAGCUUGAUGUGAUGCAAGGACUUCUUGAUGAUGAGAAACGCAAAAGAGAAGCUUGUGAAGAAGAGAUUCGAACUCAAACGCAGGACGUGAGAUUAGCUCAUGAAGAAGGACAGAGAAACAAGACAAGUUUGAUGAAUCAAAUACAGGAUAGGGAAAAGGAAAUACAAAGAUUGAAAAAUCAGCUUGCUGCUAAAACACUAACAUCAACAAAUGAAGUGGAAUUGGAAAACAGAGUACGAGCCUUGACUGAGAAUUUAAUCCAAAAACAAACUGUUAUAGAAGCCCUAAGCACAGAGAAAAAUUCAUUAGUUUUGCAAUUGGAAAGAUUAGAGCAACAAUACCGAGAUGUGCAAGCAUCGUCGACAAAGCAUAUCAAUACCACAGCUAUACCCCUCGAUUCUACAGAUGACAGCGAUGAAAACACGCUUACGCGCGUCAAGUCAAUCACGUCAGUAAUGCCAAUGAAACUGAAUGACUCAAGACAAGUAAAACGAGCUGUAAACGAAAUUGACAAGUGCAGCAUCAGACUUGGGUUGUUCCUCAAACGAUAUCCAGUUGCUCGUCUUUUCGUGAUCUUGUAUAUGUUCUUACUUCAUGUCUGGGUGUUGGUGGUACUUCUCACAUACAAACCCGAGAUCCACGAUACAAACCCUGCCAGUAUGCCUCAAAGACCAACUUAGAAAUCUUUUUAAUCACGGUAUAACAAGGCAUGGAUUAUCAGCGCAAAGCAUAAUGCAAAUCAUCAGCUUUACACUGUCGAAAUCUAACUCUGCUGACCUUUUCCGAUAAAAAAACUAAAAAAAUUUAAUGGUUUAGAUUCGAACAAGACAACUGGGUUUAUUUUUGGGAAUCAUUAUCUACCAAGGACAGAACAAGAGAUGGUGAUUUGGACAAAGAUGUAUUUAUAUGAAAACAUUUACCCAGAAAACUCGCACUCGGUUUACUCUAUUGGUAUAUUGGUAUAUGGUUUACUCUAACCUCUUCUAUUCAAUUUCCGAUCCGUCGAUUUAAGACGCCAUUCAGUUUUAACCAUUAUCUCGCGGUACCUUGUUACAGUACACGUUUUAAAAAUCCUUGAUUCAAACAGUAAAGAAGAGUAUAGAAGUGGGAAAACACUGAAAAAGUC